UGCAAACGUUCCUUGAAUGAGAUAAGUAUAGAUGGUGUAUUAAUGUGACCUGUCUCAGUAUGUCAUCCUUACUCUUGCGUGCGUAAAGCAAGCUCCAACAUUCGGAACACUGAGCGUUCGCCAUGGCACAACUACGCUCAAGGACAAGACCCCCUCAACACAUGACAAGGAAUAUCUACGACCAGCUCUUUUAUCAAGGGUCGAGUCUCUCCAAGCUAAGAGAUGCGAUCACAGCAGGUCGCCUUCUCCAGUCUUCAGAUGGCGGUAUCGGUGUACCAGGGAGAAGUCUAGCAUGGAAGCUGUUCCUCUUGAAGAACGUGCCGCUGGAACCUCCGCCUCACGAAAUACCAGUACCUCCGCUGGAGGCUUUACGUGCUCUUCGAAAGCAGUACUCCGAGCUGCUGCUGGAGAAGAUGCGUGCUCCAGAUGGAUCUUAUGAUGAGACUUUUGUCGUGCCAGGACUUACCAUUCCGAGGAGGAACGCCAAGCCGCCAACGGAUUUGGAGACGAACAACCCUCUCAGUUUGCACGAUGAGAUCUCAGGAAAAACUAUCCAGCAAGAUGUUGAACGGACUUUCCCUGAUAUAGGUUACUUUCGCGACGAUGAUGUACAGCAGCAACUCACCAAUAUCCUGUUCCUAUACGCUGCCAUGCAUCCCGAUAUUGAAUACCGGCAAGGCAUGCAUGAGCUACUUGCACCCGUAUACUACGCUGUAGAUUAUGACUCCACUGCCGAUGACGCUACAUCACCGUCGGACGAAUCUGUCUUUCGGGAGAUUUGCUCGCGAACGUGGAUUGCAGCUGAUUCAUGGGCACUUUUUUGCGCCAUCAUGAAUGGCAUCUCCAAGUGGUACGAGUGGCGCGAACCGUCGUCUGUCGAAACGUCCUCUGCUCGUGGUCAAGUCAACUUUAAGCCGUAUAUGUCACCGAUUACCUUGGUCUGCAACCACAUUCAAAACAGUCUUUUAAAAUCCGUCGAUCCCAUUCUUCACGGGGUAUUGCAGAACUCGGGCAUCGAGCCGCAGAUCUAUGGAUUACGAUGGCUUCGCCUGUUGUUCACGCGUGAACUUUCUAUGGACGAUGCGAUGAUUCUAUGGGACGGGCUGUUUGCGAGCCCAAUCCCAAUCUCUGAGCUCGCUCAGUGGAUAUGCGUGGCUAUGCUUAUACGUAUACGAACCAAAUUGAUCCCAUCGGACUAUAGCAUGCAACUAACAUACCUAUUGCGAUACCCUCCCUCUCAGGUAGAAGAUGGAGCCCCGCAUCACGCAAUCCUACUGCUUCGUCAAGCAUCGUUGCUGCAAAUGUCCCGUACACCCUCCGCGGGCGCGAUUGUGAUGACUGAAAACCGCAACCUUCUAAAUAUUCCCCUGGAAGUACCAGAUUCACCUGUCCAAGUGAAGCGGAGGGCACGUCCUCCGACCUCAUCAGAUUUCCAUGGAACUUCUUCUGGGCAAGGAGAGCAUAUGCGUCAGUCGCCCUCAUUCCAGAUUGGGCUGCCAGAAUUGAUUGCUCGGGGGCUCAUGGAUCGCGGGGAGAGCCUUGGGAUUAACAAGACUGUAAUGAAUGCGGUAUCCGAACUAAGGCGCAACCUCCCCGAAUUGGCCGCGUCUCUGGUUCGCACGCCAUCUACGGUAUCGGCGCCCUAUGCAGCAUAUCCCUUGCUCGACGAGCAGAUAACAGAUGACAGGCACGUUUCGGAGAAUGGAAGCCGCAUGGAAACAGAACGUGCUGCAAUAGAGCUGAGAGGGCAGAAUAAACGCCUUGGUGAAUCGAUCACUUGGAUACUAAGCGUUCUGCAGUCCAAGGAAUCAUCGGAAGCCAAGGAUGAGGAUGCUGCGAGAGUUUCGGUGCAGCAAAAGGAAGCUCUCGAGUCACUAGCUUAUGUGAGGGACAUCCUAGGUGGAGAGGUGAAGGAGAUUGACGAGCGCCGUCUGUGGGGGGCGGAAGAAUACAAUAAGCGUUUGGAAGGUCAGAACAAGCAAGAGUCUAUGGAGGCGUCUGUGUCCCCACCAAGACAACGUUCAAUGACGACCCCUACAAAUGAACACCCACCACCGCCAUUACAGCGGGAAGUUCAAAAUUUCACGUCCGGAACUCCUGUGUUUAUUCGGUCAACGGCAUCUACUCCAUUACACUCUCCUUCGAUGGCCUCAAAGGCGAUUCCUAUGGCAUUGUCGACUCAUAAUCGCUCUCAGUCAUCGACUGGGACGUUCUCCGUCAAGCCGAUUACGAUGCAGCGGACACCCCUUCGCCUAUCAUCUAAUAAUCCCUUCCAACGCACACCUGACGUGGGUGGGAUCCUGCCUGCGGCUGUCAAGAGCGAUCAAAGUCCGAAGGUCCGAAGUGAAGUGCAACAGCACGAUCCGCUGGGAGUUCUGAAGUAGAUUUUUGCUUGUGGUGGUUACAAGAGAUGACGAUCGUGCUACAUAAUAGAUAUCUGUGCGUGGAUUAAUAUAUUUAGAUUAUGGUAUGUACUACGUAGUGGAAGGUCAUUGCGGAGGUUGUACGGAGUUUGAUUGGGCGACCAAUGGUGGGA